AUGACGCGUAGGUGCUCCCAUUGCAGCCACAACGGGCAUAACUCGAGGACGUGCCCUAAUCGUGGGGUGAAGCUGUUCGGAGUGCGGCUCACCGAUGGAUCCAUUCGGAAGAGCGCCAGUAUGGGGAAUCUCAGCCAUUACGCCGGAUCUAACGGAGGGGGAGGUGGAUCGUCGCCGGCGAUCGAUGGCCACGAGGUAGGAGGUGGGGCUGCAGCCGAAGGAUACGCGUCAGAGGACUUCGUGCCGGGAUCGUCUUCUGGCUGCCGUGAGCGCAAGAAAGGUAGAGUCUCCUUUCAUCGUAUCAUUUGGAUCUUAUUUUAUAGUCUCGUCUUCUACUCUAAUUUGUUGACUUUGAAUUUUAGUAAAUUCGGAUUCAUUUUUCGAGGACCAUUGUUCAUUUCUUGUCGUGAAUUCUGGCUUCCUUUCAUGACUAAAUGGCCAUGGAUUUGGUGUUUUCCGACCUUGUUGAUAUUUCGUGUAUUAUUUAUGGAUAAAACUAGAUGGAAUGUUGAACACGCAACUGGCUAUCGUCGCUAAAUGUAUGGCCAUCUGUGAAAGCCGUUGAAAUUUAUGAACACGCUAACCAUGCCAUUAAUUAUGGUGCUGUUUAUUUUCGUAUUUUCUUCUCAAUUAUGCAAAUCUCUUUUCCGAUUAAAUCGUGACACUUGAUAGUCUUAACUUCUCUGAGAUCUUGAUUUGCGGCGCUUAUUAUCACUGCAUCAGAAAUGUAUACUUAUACAUUGAAAUCUGUCGGAGUAUAAAGCAUAGAAAUAUUCAGUUGUAUCCUCGUGCUUCUUUGGACUAAGACUGUGCAGGCGUUGGUAUUCAGAUACACACAACAUAAAGGUGUCCUUGAAUUUUGGCAAAUAUGUCGAAUAUUCUUGAAGGUGUUUCCAUUCAUCUCCUGCGGAUGACAGUGCUUCCAUUGUUGUACCAUGGAAACCAGGCCCUUGAAAGGCACCCCACUUUGGGUAGCUGGAUUUGCUGUGGCAUCUAGUGGAAGCGUAUGCUACUCUUGGAUGGUUCAUUCUCCAGUUUAAUAUCGUGGUGUUUUUGGAUAAGGAUUUGAUAUAUAUAUAUAUAUAUAUACUGUCUUACUGUUUUAGAUUUCAAGGAUCAUAAAAUGUGCUCUUACACCUGGAAAAUUCAAGAAAAGAUUAAUUAAUUAUGUUUUGUGUCCAGUCAUGUAUGAACUAUUUUCCUGUGAAUCACCUUGGGUUGUGUUUGUUUUCUCUCUUAAUGGCAGGGACAUCAAGAUUAGGCCAUAUCGAGAUUUAUGUUCUGUGUUAAGCCUUUGAAAUAUCUCUUUUUUGUUUGCGUGUUGGUUUAGUAUUACUAUAACUACUAUUAUUUAUCAACUGCAGAUACAAUUUAUAAUCAUUAUUCUUCUUAGAGAUCCCGUGCUCGGCUCUGUCUAUGACCAUAUUUUGUUGGUUAGAUAUUGAUAUUGAAUAAAUGACAGUUGUGAGCAUAUUUGCACAGCCCACGGAGUUUAAUGAGCAGGAGAGUGAGAAUGAAACCUGCACACAUCAUGCUAGACAAGGUUUCCUUUUUUUUUUUUAAUGAAAACUCACCUAAAAACUAUAGUUGGUCACUAAUAUAUUUCUUGAGACGUACAAUAUAUUUGGUGCUUUUUGGAUACUAUUUUGAUUAUUUUAAAGUUCCAUGUCCCCUGGUUUGAUUGGAAACAGUUCUUGACGUUAGAAUUAGAGCCUGACUUUUUUUUUGGAAAAGAUCAAGAUGGAGGUGAUGAGGUUUUGAGACAUUGGGUGUUCUGCCCUCGAGAUUUUUUUAUGUCUAGAUUCUGCCGAGGUCGUUAUGUGUAUGUAAACCAACUCUGUUUUGUGCAUGGUCAGACAUGCUCAUGGAGGAUCCGGAUAACAGUCUACUCUCUCAGUUUUCCUAGUACAGAUAAGGUUCUUGAGUGAUUUUCUUUUUUUUAAAAUAUUUUUUUCUCCCUACAGCGGGUUUUGGAAAUGGUUCCUGAAUACAUCCUGGACAAUUAUUUAUCAAAAUGCUCGUUUUUUGAUUGAGACGUCAAAAAUUGGUUGGAAUCCAGCUCAAGAUGAUCAAAUUAUCGUGACAAAAUAUUCUCAACUGUCUUUACGCUUGAGGGAGUUUCAGAUCUGAUGGAUCUCCCUGGAGAUCUUUACCUCCCACGUUGUGAAAUUAUCAAUUUUCCGAUCAUGGGCACAUCAGAAGUACUUAAUCACUGAGAUCAAAUGGUCUUAUGAUUAUUGCUCCUUUUUUUCAUUAGCAAGUAUUUCAUGCGUUGACUGUGGACAGGCAUUCCAUGGACCGAGGAUGAGCACAGGAUGUUCCUUCUGGGCCUGAAAAAGCUUGGCAAGGGCGACUGGAGGGGAAUAUCUCGCAACUUCGUGGUCUCUCGGACGCCCACGCAGGUGGCCAGCCAUGCUCAGAAGUACUUCAUCCGCCAGACAAACGCCUCCAGGCGGAAGCGGCGAUCCAGCCUCUUUGACAUCAUCCCUGACGAGGUAAGCCCCCAAAGUCUCCUCCUCUUCUUCUUUUUCUUCUUUUUCUUCUCUUGAUUUCCGCUUCCUGAUUAUGCCCCCCUUUCAAAUGAUAAUCAUAUUGUUGGAAUCAUUUGAAUAUAUUUCCCAUGUCCCCAUUUUAUAUCUGCCCAUCAUAUGAUGAGAUCAGAUGUCGAACUUCUGACUUUAGGUUGAAUGAAUCAGCCCAGAUUCAGCGCAGCGUGGUGAAUUAGACCUUGUGUGUUUCCAGCAGGUUGAGUCGUCUCAGCUCCUCGCCGCCAGCUGCCGGGAAGCAGAGAACCAGGUGGACGAUGCUCCACCGGAGGCGGUGCCCAUCGACGAGGAAUGUGAGUCCAUGGGCUCCACCAAUUCCACCGAGGCCGGGCCGAGCCUGCCGAAGCCUGAGGAUCCUCUAUGCCAUCCUGUCAUGGUCCCUGCCUAUUUCUCACCCUUCUUCCAGCUCUCCUACCCGGUCUGGCCGGCGGGCUACGGUGGCGCCGCCGCUACCGCCAUUGGCACGGAGCCCCAUGAGAUCGUCAAGCCCACCGCCGUCCACUCCAAGUCCCCCAUCAACGUGGAGGAGCUCGUGGGCAUCUCAAAGCUCACACUCAGCGAGGCAGCGGCACCCUCGCCGCUCUCCCUGAAGCUCGCUGGCGGCCCCGACCGGCAGUCGGCCUUCCACGCCAACAGCUCAGCUGCUGCCACAGCCGGCGCUGGCGGCUCUGACGUGGGCUCCGCCACCAACCCAAAUCCCAUCCAUGCGCUCUAG